UGCUGAGCUCCGCCCCCACAUGUACUGGUCACAUGAUUGUGACAUCAUCACAGGUCCUACACCUCCAGCAUCCGGCGGUAAAAGAGCAGGUCCUGUACGAGCACAUCGUGCUGACCCAGUUGUCUCCUCUUCUCCUGAAUGAUCCCCCAAGGAUGGACAAGGACAGGAAUGAGAUGACUAAGAGAAUAUUACACUUCACCUUGGAGAUCCUCCACCUGCUGACCGGAGAGGUGAGGUCUCCAGAACUGACCCCAUUAGGACAUCGCUGUCUAUUAUUCAGUGGAGGAGUUGGAGGACACAAGGAUCUGUACCAGGACAUAGUCAUGAUGGAGGAUCACCGGCCCCUCACAUCACAAGAUGGAGUCAUUGAUAGAAAUCCACCCGAGAGGUGUCCCCGCCCUCUGUAUUCCCAGGACUGUCCAGAGGGAAAUGUCCCAGAGAACCAUCAGGUUGAAGAUCAGAUUAAUAUUAAGGUUGAGGUUAAAGAUGAACCAGAAGAGGAGACGGGUUUCUGCGCCAAUCACCCUUGUACCAGGGAAGUGAAGGAGGAAAUUCCAGGAGGUGUUACCCCAGAUGGAGUCAUUGAUAGAAAUCCACUCGAGAGGUGUCCCCGCCCUCUGUAUUCCCAGGACUGUCCAGAGGGAAAUGUCCCAGAGAAGCGUCAGGUUGAAGAUCAGAUUAAUAUUAAAGUUGAGGUUAAAGAUGAACCAGAAGAGGAGACGGAUUGUUGGUCCGAUCAGCAGUGUAUGAGGGAAGUGAAGGAGGAAAUUCCAGGAGGUGUUACCCCAGAAAAUCCCAGUAAGAAUUCUGAGGGAAACUUCAUGUUAUCCCUGAAUGAUAAAGGAGAAGAUGAAGAUAUGAUGGAGCGCUCCUCAGGAGAAGACCUCCUUACCCCUAAUGUCCAUCCAGAUCUAUCCUAUAAUAAUCCACCUGAUCAUGAGGAACCUUCUCCUGACCAACCACACAUUGUUACCACAAGGACAGAUCAUGGGAAAGGUUUAUAUUGUGAGGAAUGUGGGAAACAAUUUACAAAAAGAUCAGAAUUUAUUAGACACAGAAAAAGUAAUAUAGGAAAGAAGCUGUAUGUGUGUUCAGAAUGUGGGAAAUACUGUAAAAGUCAAUCAGAUCUUGUUAAACAUGAGAGAAUUCACACGGGAGAGAAGCCAUAUUCAUGUCCAGAAUGUGGGAAAUGUUUUAUACAAAAAUCAAAUCUUUCAAAACAUGUGAGAAUUCAUACAGGAGAAAAGCCACAUUCAUGUUCAGACUGUGGGAAAUGUUUUACAAAUAAAGUGAAUCUUUCAAUACAUAAAAGAAUUCACACAGGAGAGAAGCCAUAUUCAUGUUCAGAAUGUGGUAACUCUUUUAUAAGUAAAUUACAACUUUCUAGACAUAAGAGAAGUCAUACAGGAGAGAAGCCAUAUUCAUGUUUAGAUUGUGGUAAAUCAUUUAUAAGUAAAUCACAACUUUCUAGACAUGAGAGAAAUCACACAGGAGAGAAGCCAUAUUCAUGUUCAAUAUGUGAUAAAUGUUUUAUAAGUAAGUCAGAGCUUGUGUUACAUGAAAGAAUUCAUACGGGAGAGAAACCAUACUCAUGCUCAGAAUGUGGUACAUGUUUUGCACAUAAAUCACAUCUUGUUAUACAUCAGAGAAUUCACACAGGAGAGAAGCCGUAUUCAUGUUCAGAAUGUGGGAAAUGUUUUAUAAAUAAAACACAACUUACUGAACAUGGGAGAAGUCACACAGGAGAGAAGCCAUAUUCAUGUUCAGAAUGUGGAAAAUCUUUUACAAGUAAAAGAAACCUUAUUAAGCAUGAGAGAAGUCACACAGGAGAGAAGCCAUAUUCAUGUUCAGAAUGUGGUAAAUGCUUUACAAAUAUAUCACAUCUUUCGGUACAGAGAAUUCACACAGGAGAGAUGUCCUAUUCAUGCUCAGAAUGUGGGAAAUGUUUUGCAUAUAAAUCACAUCUUCUAAAACAUGAGGUAAUUCACACAGGAGAGAAGCCAUAUUCAUGUUCAGAAUGUGGGAAAUGUUUUUCGCAAAAAUCAACCCUUGUUGGACAUGAGAGAAUUCACACAGGAGAGAAGCCAUAUUCAUGUUCAGAAUGUGGGAAAUGUUUUAUAAGUAAAUUACAACUUUCCAGACAUGAGAGAAGUCACCCUGGAGACUGGGAGGAGCUCAGUGAAGAGGAGACGCGGUGUGAGGUGAGGUCUCCAGAACUGACCCCAUUAGGACAUCGCUGUCUAUUAUUCAGUGGAGGAGUUGGAGGACACAAGGAUCUGUACCAGGACAUAGUCAUGAUGGAGGAUCACCGGCCCCUCACAUCACAAGAUGAAGUCAUUGAUAGAAAUCCACCCGAGAGGUGUCCCCGUCCUCUGUAUUCCCAGGACUGUCCAGAGGGAAAUGUCCCAGAGAAGCAUCAGGUUGAAGAUCAGAUUAAUAUUAAAGUUGAAGUUAGAGAUGAACCCGAAAAGAAGGCGGAUUUCUGGGCCGAUCACCCGUGUAUGAGGGAAGUGAAGGAGGAAAUUCCAGGAGGUGUUACCCCAGAAAAUCCCAGUAAGAAUUCUGAGGGAAACUUCAUGUUAUCCCUGAAUGAUAAAGGAGAAGAUGAAGAUAUGAUGGAGCGCUCCUCAGGAGAAGACCUCCUUACCCCUAAUGUCCAUCCAGAUCUAUCCUAUAAUAAUCCACCUGAUCAUGAGGAACCUUCUCCUGACCAACCACACAUUGUUACCACAAGGACAGAUCAGAAAGGGGGAGAAAGGAUUCAGUGUGAUGAAUGUGGGAAAGAGUUUUCUGAAAGAUCCAAUCUUUUUAGACACAGGAAAAUUCACACAGGGGAGAAGUUAUAUUCAUGCUCAGAAUGUGGGAAAUAUUUUGCACAAAAAUCAAAUCUUGUUAUACAUGAGAGAAGUCACACAGGAGAGAAGCCAUAUUCAUGUUCAGAAUGUGGUAAAUCUUUUACACAAAAAUCAUAUCUUGUUAUACAUCAGAGAAGUCACACAGGAGAGAAGCCAUAUUCAUGUUCAGAAUGUGGGAAAUGUUUUAAUCACAAAUCCUAUCUUUCAGAACAUGAGAGAAUUCACACAGAAGAGAAGCCAUAUUCAUGUUCAGAAUGUUGUAAAUGUUUUGCACAAAAAUCUAAUCUUGUUAUACAUGAGAGAAGUCACACAGGAGAGAAGCCACAUUCAUGUUCAGAAUGUGGUAAAUGUUUUGCACUAAAAACAAAUCUUGUUAUACAUGAGAGAAUUCACACAGGUGAGAAGCCAUAUUCAUGUUCAGAAUGUGGGAAAUGUUUUACACAAAAAUCAUAUCUUGUUAUACAUGAGAGAAUUCACACAGGAGAGAAGCCAUAUUCAUGUUCAGAAUGUGGGAAAUGUUUUAUAUGUAAAUCACAUCUUUCUGUACAUGAGAGAAGUCACACAGGAGAAAAGCCAUAUUCAUGUUCAGAAUGUGGUAAAUGUUUUAUUAGUAAAUCACAUCUUUCUGUACAUGAGAGAAGUCACACUAGAGUCUGAUCGAUGAAAUAAUAAAUGAUAAAAAUAUAAUAAUAUGGAGAAUGGAAAUCUGAGAUCUCAGGUGACAGUAAAAUGUGAUGUUUCUAAGUUCUGUUGUGAGAAUUAACCCUCGAAUAAACUUCCUAAUGAAACCUAAGCAGAAGCUAAAGCCGACAUCAUCUCUUGGUCAUCAGCACCUGGGGUCAUGUGACCUUUGUAGGUAAAUAACGGUAAUGAGAAAUAAUAUGUAAUGCUAUUGUGUAUCAUUUAGUAGUGACUUGUAGCUCUACACUACAGUAUGAUUGGAUGAUUUCUAUGGAUGAUAAUGAUUGGUGAUUACUAUGUAUUACCUCGGCCUCAUUUCCAUUAGAAAUAUUACUGAUUGUAUCUCAUGUGUCACUUCUGUCCUAUCAGGAUCAGGACACUUCUGUGUUGUCACCAAUAAGUAAAAUCCUGUGUGUGAACCGGUCCCUAUAACUAGAGGUUGU